UGAACCACACGCUUGGAGUAGUUAAUUUUGUACAUUUGUACCGCAGAGAUUUAAAUACUAUUUUAUUUAGAAAAAGCGAGACAGAAAAACAGAAUAAUUAAAGGCAACAGUAAAAGACAAAAAGGUUUAGUUGUCAUGGCAAUAUCCAGACGUGGAUCUCAGUGGCGCACCACAGCGCGUGUCGUCUGCAAAGAAAAAAAAAAAAAAGAAGAUUUAGCAAUUUGCGACAAUCGCAAUUUACACAAUCCAAAGUCCAAACCAACGCACUAUAUAUAUUCAUUCCACUUCCAUUCCCCAAACUGAGAACAAGAUGAGGCACCCAUCAUCGUCAUCAUCGACAACCACGAAGAACAAGAGGAGCAACACUAGUAGCACCACCUGCGACAAUAGUAACAACAACAUUGGUGGCAGCGCAAACACGAACACAAACGCCAACACCAACACCAACACCAACACCAACACGACCACUCCCUGCUGCAACAAGGUAGGGUUGAAGCGGGGGCCAUGGACGCCGGAGGAAGACGAGGUGUUGGCGAAUUACAUCAAGAAAGAAGGUGAGGGUCGCUGGAGAACGCUCCCCAAGCGCGCCGGCCUCCUCCGCUGCGGCAAGAGCUGCCGCCUCCGCUGGAUGAACUACCUCCGCCCCUCCGUCAAACGCGGCCACAUCGCCCCUGACGAGGAAGAUCUCAUCCUCCGCCUCCACCGUCUCCUCGGUAACCGGUGGUCUUUGAUAGCUGGGAGGAUUCCUGGAAGAACAGACAAUGAAAUAAAGAAUUAUUGGAACACGCAUCUAAGUAAGAAGCUUAUUAGCCAAGGGAUUGAUCCUAGAACUCACAAGCCUCUAAACCCACCUUCUAUAAAUAUUCCUUCUUCUUCUAAUAAACCUCCUUCAAUGAUCAUCUCCAACCACAAUCCUCGUCAUGAUAUCACUAAUAUUGUUAACCAAGGAGUUCAAGUUCAUGUUCAUCAUUUGGGUCAACAUCAACAUCAACAAACCCAGGCUUGUAAUCCCUAUGAUCACAAUCAAAAUGUUAGUAACCCGGUUGUACCUGCGACUGUAACCACCGAUGAUGUUUCUGCGAUGGGUUUCAUGGACAAUGAGGACUGCAAUGAUGAUAUCAACAUCAACUAUUACUCGGACGAUGUUUUUUCUUCCUUCCUCAACUCUUUGAUCAACGAUGAAGCCUUCGCGGCGCAACAGCACCAGGUGCAAACAGAGAUCCCGAGUGAGCGUAGCAUUCCACUACCAUGUGAUGAUCCUCUGGUUUCAAUCACCACUGCUCCUCAUGCACCGCAAGGUUACGAUGAUGACCUUGGGGUGUUAUGGGAAUCGCCACUUGUACCUGCUACAACUUUCAGCCAAAACAACGUUAACGACCCCAACAUCACCAAGAGGGUUCUUGAUCAAUAGUAUUAGUAUAUGUAUCUAGUACUAAACAAGGGUCAUGAAUAGUGGGGUUUUUGGGAUGUCUAUUUGUGUUGUUCUCAUGAUUCUCAUCAAGUUGUUGUAUUUAUUGUGCUUUUAGUUGAGUUUUUGGGGUGUUCCAUUUGUAUCAUGCAUGUAUGUCUCUAGCUAGCUUGAUGUACUUGGUGGUGUAUGCAAAACAAAACAAUUAUAUUAAUGUACUAUGAGUGGAAUUGAGUUGUUUUAA